AUGGCGCCACAGUGCCAACAAGGACGGCUAGCAAUGGAGCCUGCCUGGGGUGGGGGCAGCAGGUUCCCCAAGGGUAAAUGCAACCCAUGCAGUCACCAGUGGAAUGGCCAUGGAUUGCAGCCACAGGAGGGGCCUGUGCUGGGGACCAGGCCCUGGGAUAUGUAUCCCACAAGCUUGAAGCCUAUUGGGAACCAUGAAGAUUUGGGGCCACUGCAGAGCGUCCGUGCCACAGGACCUUUGCCUGUGGAGGGCUUCUGCAAUCCCCACGAUGCUGCACACCUCCCACGCACUGACUUCUGCCAUUUGAAAGAUGCCAUGGAUCGAAACAGGAGCAGCGCACUUGCGGAGCUGCAAGGAAUCAUGGAAGAGAUUGAGAGACUGAAGAGUGGCGACCUCGGAGAUGUGCAAACAAAGACCACCGAUGGUCGUAGCUACGACUGUCCCAAAUUCGCCAGACCUGAUGAAUGCGAUGGUCAACUUCCUCAGCAUGGUCAAGAUGGCAAGCCUGACUGUGGCAUGAUGUAUAAGGCACCCCUGUGCGAUGCCAUUUGUCUUGAUGACUGCAAAGGCACCAAAGCGCCCAAUUUUGACACGGACAACUUGUCCAAGUGCAUUUGCCCCCAUGAGGGGCAGCCUGCCACCGCCUUGGGCCCCAAGGUCCCAAGGGGGGAUAUGGUGUCGGCUGUGCGAUCGCUCACCGCACGUGUGCUGGGGGACAUUAGAAAAGGUGACUAUUUGCAGCAGAGGAUGUGGAAGGUGUGUGAUGGGAAGCCACCACCAGGAGCGAUGGUGAACAGUGACAAGGAGGGUGAUAACAGGGCUUACACCAUUCCGAUUGAGGGCUUGCCAGAGGAGGGAGGCCAGGUGCAAAAAGGGUGUACCACUGAACAACAUGCUCAGGGCCUUCAGCAAACUCAAAAAGAAGGAAGACAGAGCAGACAGUACUCAGGCCUUCACAGGAGCCUCAUGGAGGCCGCCCAACGACAGGAACACCUGAAGCAAGAACUGGAGGAUGCGAAGGAGGAUGCGAAGGCAGUGGAGGGCCCCGAGUCACAGGCGGCAGGCACCCUGGCGCGGGUUGCCGAUGUGUGCAAGGAGUUGAAGAAUACCAAGGCGCGGGCAGAGACGUGGGAAAGGGCAUUCCACAAGGUCGUGAGCAAGCUGUGGGGUGCCCGAAAAGUGAUCACAGAGGCCCAGCAGCUGCAGAAGGCGUAUGCCCAGCUGAAGGCCGAGAACACGAGCCUGGCGUCCAGACUCGAGCAGUCCUGCCAUCCGUCUGAGAGCUUGGCGCAGCGGCACGAGUUGGAGAAGGCAAAGGCGAAAAUCGAGGAACAAGAUGGACAGCUGCAGGACAAUGCCGGGAGCAUGGCUGCCUUGGCUGAAAAGCUUGCCAUUCAGGAGGGAAAGCUGGCUACAAUGGAGCAAAGCAAUAUCGACCUCCAGCAAAAGCUGAGGGAGAUGGCGAGAUGGGCAGAGCACCUCCAGCAGCAGAAUCGGGAGCUGAUGAAAGAGUCUGCAGAAAGCAAAUUCAAGGAGAUGGAAGCAAUGAGGGAGUCAAUUCGUGCAGACAAAGAGGAAAAUGAAAAGUUGCUGAAGAGGGCUGGCGAGCUGGAGAAGGCGCUGCUCGAAGCGGACAAGAGGGAACGGGAACUCCGUGCUGACCAAAACGACCUGGUGGAGAUUCAGCACAAUCAGGGGCAGGUGCUGAAUGAGACCACCAGGCAGCUGGAUGAGGCAAUGUCGACCAUCUGUCACCAGAAGAGCGAACUGGCAAGAAAGGAGCAAGAACUGGAGGAGCUGCACAAAAAGCUGUUGGUUGCGAAGGAUCAUUUUGAGAGGGGGGAGCAGUUGGAGGAGGAAAGGCGGCAGCUGAAGGGCAAGGUGGCUGCGCUGCAGCUCCAAUUGGAUUCUUCAGCUUCAGGGUCUCCUGGGGACAAGGAGGAGAUCCAGAGGUUGCAAAGAAUCAUUCAGGAGAAGGACGCACAACUGAGGCAGAACGAAACGGAUGGGCGCCUGGACUCCAGUCGCUGCGCCUCUUGCUCCCACCUGUGCGAGGAGCUGAGGCAGCUGCGGCAGCGGCACCGCGAUGUGUGUGACGAGAAAACGCAGCAGGAGGAGGAGAUGCGGGAGGUGAAGCUGCAGCUGAGCAAGAUGACGCCUUAUGGCACCAGCCCUUUAGGACGCAUUAGGGAGCUGGAACUGCAAUUCACUCAGAAAAAGCAGGAGGCCUGCGAGGUGCAGCGGAAGCUGCAGGCUGUGGAGGCUGAGCGGGACGCCCUAUUGGAGGACCUGGUAGCGAAGGAGGACCAGCUGCUGCAGCAGGACGGCCGGCUCACCAUGCUGGGCCAGGCACUGAAGCAGGCGGAAAACCAGAUCGAAAGGAGUAAACGCAGCGGGCCCCAAGAUCCGGACAUCGACCCAGGAGAAUGA